AUGUAUUAUAAAGUUAAAGAAACAAUGCAUUUAUAUGAUAUAUAUUUCAAUUGCUUAUCUUUAAGAAAAAAAGCAGAAUCACAUAAUUAUAUAUAUUGGAUGUUUUCUAAGCAAAGGUACAAAAGAAUAUUACAAGAAUUUAUAUUAAUCUGA